AUGUCAUGUUCCAUGACUCAGAGCUGCUUUAGACAGCUUACACGAGGCCCCUGGAAACAAGGGUCUCUUCCUAUUUUCCUUGCGCCUGCGUUUUCUCUCCAACAGACACAAUGUUUCUCUACCACGUCACCGACGCAAUCUCGUGUUGGCGGAGCUCCGCUCUCCAUACCUCCCUCAGUUUCGUUGAAAUUCAUUGACCUCCCUCAGACUGAAGUGAGAGGAAAGGCAAAGGAACGCCCGAAGAGUGCAAUUGAGGUUAAGGGACCCUUAGGUGAAUUGACUCUGAACCUUCCUCCCUUCCUAAAGGUCGCACAUGAUGAUGCUUCGAGAAAAGCGAGCCUCACUGUAGAGGACUCAUCGAUUGCACAUCAACGUGCCAUGUGGGGAACUACUCGUGCACACCUACAAAACUACAUUCUUGGCGUAUCGGAGGGUCAUAUUUGUAUUCUGAGUCUCGUUGGUGUCGGAUACAGAGCUACCAUCGAAUCAACAGCCACUACUGUCGAGCCCGAAUACCCCGGUCAGCAGUUUGUUUCUCUCAAGGUUGGGUAUUCGCACCCAAUUGAAUUGGGCAUCCCACGGGGUGUCAAGGCCAGUACCCCGCAGCCAACCCGCAUCCUGCUGGAAGGGAUUGAUAAGAGUGUGGUCACGAAGUUCGCAGCGGAGAUCCGGGAAUGGAGGCGACCGGAACCAUACAAGGGCAAAGGCAUCUUCGUGAACGGAGAAACGAUCAGAUUGAAGGCCAAGAAGAUCCGGUAA